GUCGUGAACGUGCAUUGCGAACUAUUACCACGCUUUUCCUACACGAGUUUUCAUUAUUGCGAAAUAAACAAACACAUGGAUUCUAGAACAGUGUUACUCUUCUGUCUCGCCAUGUUUUUAGCAAUACUUGCAACAGCUACAGCAGGCCGCACCAAGAAAGUGGUGAUCCACGUGCCGUACAAAGUAAAGAAAAUCAAGCACACGCACACAGUAUACAAGACGGUCCACCACCAUCACAAACACCAUGACCUCUACGACCACGGCCUCGCGCUACCCACUGAGGAGCACGAGCAUUUCCACCACGUGCUUCUAGACGAGCCAACUGGGCAUGGUCAAGUGCUGCCAUCUAUGGGCUUCCCGGAGUACUUGCCUGAUGUGCCGAUGGAUGAGACGGAGCUAUCGGAGUUGGAAGACCUGCCAAUACCGACGCGCCAUGUGUUCUAUAAGAGGGAGAAAUAAAUUAUCUCACAACGGGAACUGAACUACAAUUAAACUAAGGCUUCUUAUAAAAUCUUUUUAUCAGGGAUUUAUCCCUUGAACUAACUUUAACCACAACCAAAUUAAUGAGAUUUAUACUGUGUAGAAUAUACGUAUUAGUAAUUAUACCAAAAAAUAUUGUACAAAAUAAAAUUAAGAUAACUUUAAAUGCACGAAAGUUAAAACUAA